AUGAGCUGUCUCAUAUGCAACUCUGCUCACUCCCGCCAGCCGUUCCUCUGCCCGACAUGCGCCCGCAAUCACCUCUAUCAGCUACGUCUCGGGAAUACCCAGGUUCUUUUGGAGAAAGAGAGUCUAGGGCGUCAAAUAGAGCUCUCUGUCUCCCAUGAGGCUUCUCAGAGCUCUGGGAAGAGACCUAGUGAGGGGCAUUCUACAAACGAUAAAGGCUACCCAUGCUGGGCCCUCCAGACGAUUUCCAGUCGCCAAGCUGCCUCCUCCUCCAGGAGAGAGAAUCUCAGCCGGCAGAUUGAGAAGCUGAAAGAGGAUAUCAAGGCCAAAAGGGCAGACCUCUCCGAGCGCGAGACGAGCUUGUCCCGUCGGCGUUCCGAUGCUGAAUCCGCGCUGUACCAGCUCGGGGAGCGGGAGGCUACCAUCUUGACGGGUGUUCAGAACACAACCAAAAGGACGGAGCAUCUGUGGCACAACCUUCAUAGCAAGACUGCAGAAGCCCGUAUUUUCCUCUGUCGGGAGGCGGCCCAUUUAUAUGGCCUACGACAGAAAACCUCAAGGAAGGGUGAUGGUCGGCAGAGCUAUGUGCUUGGUGGCAUAGCGAUCGUCGACUUGAAGGACAUGAAUAGUAAGCCUGUCGCGGCCUAUGCCCACGGCCUGGGUUAUACUAACAUAUCUACAGGUGCUACGCCGGCUCAAAUAUCUACCUCGCUCUCCAACAUUGCCCACCUCCUAGUCCUUGUCUCGCACUAUCUCUCCCUUAGACUCCCUGCGGAAAUCACCCUACCGCACCGAAACCACCCUACUGCCACCAUAUAUUCCUUCGCCGCAUCAUAUAAUUCACGAGAUUCCUCUGGUGGGCCCGACACCACCCAUCCUUCGACACCUAGUCCAACGGCGUCCAGAACGGAGGCACGCACCCAGCCACGGCCCAGACCGCUUUUCAUUGACAAGCCUCUACCCCGCCUAGCCAAAGAAGAUCCCGGGACUUAUGCACUCUUCUUGGAGGGUGCUUCACUCCUUGCCUGGGAUGUGGCCUGGCUGUGCAGAACCCAGGGGAUCAACUUGGCAUCAGACUCGUGGGAGGAAGUCUGCAACAUUGGCAAGGGCAUGUGGCAGCUGCUAGUUGCCCCGCCUGCUCAAACAUCAACCUUGAUGCGAGCAUUCGCUGGUCGGGACAUCCAGGCGAAGAUGAAAACCACAAAAGACUCCCCUCAAACGACGAUCCAACGGACCAAAUCAUUCCCAAUGCUUGGUCAUUAUUCCCACAGCACGGUUCACUCAUUCCUCGCGGCCUCCGAAGGUGUUGAUUUCACGCGUACUUGGAAGCUGCCAAUGCCCACGAAGAUUGUGGAUAAGCUCAAGGCCAAUCUUCUUGGGGAAAUGGCAAGUGCCGAAUGGGAGGUUCUGGAAGAGAAGGAAUGGUUUGACGGGAAUGUGGAAACGGAUCAGCCACUGGGCUCCAAGAAUCCACCGGGUUCGUCACCCAAUCCCCAUGCCGAAUCGGCCGAGCAGGGUGCAGAAGGCCAGCAAGCCUCUGUGCAGACGACGAAUGAUAGUCGUCGGCCUAAAGGCACAAGUGGAUGGACGAAACUGAAUAGUAGAUAG